AUGUCUUUGAAACUUGUAUCAUGGGAAUUUGAGAUAUUUGGAAAAGUGCAAGGGGUGUUUUUUAGAAAAUGUACUCAAAAACAAGCCAAAUUACUUGGAAUUACAGGGUGGAUCAAGAACACUUCCAGGGGAACAGUUAAAGGAGUCAUUGAAGGCCCAACCAAAAAAAUUGAAGAAAUCCAAACAUGGCUACAAACUCAAGGGAGCCCAAAGUCCAAUAUUGUGAAAGCUCUAUUUCAUAACAAGCAAGAAAUUUGUAACAGAAACUUUGACACUUUUGCAAUAAAAUAUUAAA